AUGCCAACAUUAGCAGAAUGUAAUCAAGCGAUGCAAACAUUUACUGACACAGGAUACCAAACAAGUGACCAGCAUGUCGAUAUGUCCAGAUCAAGAAUGGAAAAAGACAACAACGAUAUCAAUGUAUUGCGCGACUUCUUGAAAGAUUGGGACCCGUUUGGCUUACAUGACAAGACUUUGCAUAACAUUGAAACUGGAAUGAUUGCAGACGACGCAAAUGCAGAAGCUGCAAAGAGUAUAAGCGAUAAAAUUAUACAGUCUAUAGCUGGACAAUUGGCCUCAGAAAUUUCAUUCAAAAAGAAAGGUCAAGUGGUUCCUUUAGAUAUAAAACGAACAUCGAACACUAAUGUCACACAGUUCUCACAGAUUGAUCCUCAGCUCAUGUUUCAGAGGCUGACAAAUAAUGGAUCAGAAACACUGAACACAACAGCUGAGAUGUUUCAAUAUGAACUUUCAAGCUUUCCGUCAUCAAUGUUUGAAUCAAAAGAGGAUGGGGAUAGCGAUUACGAAGGCUUGGAAGAACCUCCAAUUCGGCGCCAGUUACAGAACAUCCUCCAGCAGUAUCCAGAUGGUCCCCAAAUCAUUAGGGAGUUGGUGCAGAAUGCAGAAGAUGCAGAAGCCAGUGUCUUUAAAGUCAUGCUUUGUGUGGAGGAUCAUUUAGGCCCAGGAGAUUUUCAUCCCAUGUACAGGGAAAUUUUCCAAGGGCCAGCCUUGUGUACAUUUAAUGACGGUGUCUUCUCGGAAAAUGACUGGAAAGGCAUAAAAAAGAUUUAUACCAGUGUGAAGGAGAAAGAUGCCCUUAAAAUUGGACGAUUCGGUUUAGGAUUCAAAUCUGUAUUUCAUCUUACAGAUACGCCCAUCAUAGUGAGUGGAGACCGAUUGCUGGUCAUCAACCCCACUAGGACCACAGAGAAAGUUUGUCACAAUGUCACAUUCAAAAAGCUGACCUCUGAAAAAUACAAAGGGACUCUGUGGCCAGUACUAAAAAGAGUUUUCAAAAUGGAUGCAGGAGGAUUUUUUGGAUUUGACACAUCUUCUGUGGAGGAAGAAAAUUAUCCAAAUACUCUGUUUUGGUUUCCUUUGAGGCAAGAACCAUCUUCACUUCUGGACAAGGUCUGUCCACCCUCCAAGAUAAAGAGCCUAAUGGAGUCCUUCAGGAAAGAGGCAGACACCAUUCUCCUGUUUCUUCAGAACAUUAACACAAUCACCAUCAUGGAAAACAAGGACAGCAUACUGUAUGAAGUUACAAUAGAAGGAGUAGGUGCAUCCAAGCAAGAGUUUUCCAAAUCCAGAACAUUCAUACAGAAUCAGUUGAAGAGCUUAAAAACUAAACCAGACCAUUCCUUAAGCGUCACUUACAAUGCUCAGCUGACUACCAGCAAUGUAAAAGAGGGACACCAAAAGACAGAAAGGUUCAAAAUAGUCAGCUUCUUCCAAGGCACAAUGGAAAUGUCACAACCUCUUAGGAAGCUGUCGGAGGAAGGCGACAAUGUUCCGUUUGUAGGGGUAGCUUACCCACUGCAGUUAGAUGAAUCGUUCAAUGCACACGUUUUCUGUUUUCUACCCUUGCCUCUGCAGUCCAAAAGUUUGACCAAUUUACCCAUACAUGUGAAUGGGUUCUUUAACCUUGAUCCAACAAGGGAUCAUGUCUUACAAGCCACAGCAGGGCAAGUUGGAAAGAGAGAUGAUAAAAUUACAUGGAAUGAGCUGUUGAUCAUUGAGGUAAUGUCUCGGGCAUAUGUGAAGCUGUUUGUGGAUCUCAAAAGGGAAGGUAGCCCAGCAGAAAUUAUCUACCGUUGUUUGCCAGAAGUUGAAAAAGUUGACUGUGAACUAUGGAGGAAACUCCUUCCACCAGUCUAUGAGCAUGUCUUCAAAAUGGAAGUCUUUCAGACAAAGAAGAACACAUGGGUUAGUUUUGAAAAUGCUGUAUUUGAUGUGUUUGAUAAGGAAAAAGGAGAAAUCACCAGAGAAAUAAGACACCAAGUCAUAGAACUGAUCAAAGACUAUGAUCAAAACAUAGUCUUGUUGCCCAAGAAUUUGAAAAGUUUAGUGGAGUCCUGGACUAUGUACAACUUUCUUCCUGAAGUUCAUCCAAAAGUAAUCAGUUCAGGAUAUGUAGCUGGCCUUUUACACAAAGAUCCACAAUAUAAACUGAAGUCCAGAGAAAGCAAAAUAAUCCUACUAGACUACUUUUUGAGAUGUGCUGAUCCUAAGGAUUUCAGAGAACUGGAAUUGUUGCCCUCAGAUGAUAAGACACACUUUCUGUCUUUUGUAUCCAAAGGACCCUUAUACUUGUGUUCUGAUAAAAAGACAGCUGCAUUGUUUCCAAAGCUAGAGAAACAGUUUCUGUCAAAUUUGCCAAAAGACGUGACAACCAGGCUUCUGAGAAUUCCAAACAAUGUGGUGAAGGAAUGGUCUCCUGAAAAUUUUUCACAUCUGUUGAAAGAAUCAAUCAAAGUUCAGGGAAUUAAAUCGGCCUCCAUGCUCAACAUCAAAGACAGAAAAAAGGUGUCAUUGUGGAUUAAAAAAGUAUGGACAUUUUUUUCAGAAAAUCAAGAACUGAUUCAAGAGGUUGAAACGUUUCCCAUUCUACCGGAGAAGGGAACUGGACAAAAAAUGAUUCAAAAACUUCAUGUCUUGAAAGGAGAUUAUAUGCUAUCAAAAUCACUUAAUUUGUCUCCACUUCCAAAUUCAGUGGAAAACGUUUUAGAAGCGUGUGGUUUGAUAUUACUAGAAGAGGUUUUAUUUGUCCAAUAUCCAGCAGUUACAAAAUAUAUUGCACAGCCAACAGUCAAAGAUGUUUGCAAAAUGAUGGAAAAAGCCUUUAGAACUGAUGAAAGAUGUGUUGCCAAAAUUAACUGUUUAUCAUAUACAGUGAGGAGAGAGUUUGCUCAAUUCAUGGCAACUAAUGCCCCAUGUGAUAUGACAAAUUCCUUAACCAAAUUUCUAAGGAGAGUGAAAUUAUUCCCAGUAUCCUAUUCACACGGAGCCACCCAAGACCUUUAUGCAGUUGAUGAUGUUAAAGGAACAGCACCCAAAGGUUUGAAAAAUUUCCCUGUCAAUUAUUGCAUUCUUCUGAUCGAUGAUGAUUAUCGAUAUCUGUCUUUUAUUGAGAGUUUGGGUUGCCAGGAAUAUGACGAAGAAAGGUUGAUGGAGGAAACUUUGUGCAGAAUAUGUAGCAAUGAAGUUUAUCAGGCAAGGGAAGUGGCCUUGUUUAUGAAAUAUUUCAUGGAUAAACUCAAUGACUCUACCCCUAAUAAGCAGUUAGAGAUUGCAGCUGCUAUUCCAUUUAUUGAGAAUGGAAAUAAAGAAUUCAAACCUCCAAAGGAUUUCUUUGAUCCACUGAAUGCUGAGUUGUGUGAGCUUUUCCUUGGAGAGGAAAAUAUUCAAACAGAAGAAGACAAAGAACUUCAUUUUGUUCAUGAAAGGAUUAGAAACUCCAUUGCAGAGUGCCUUGGUGUUCCUUCUUUGACACGUAGAGUGAUGGAAAGUGGUGGAAUUGUUGAUUUGGAGUUUGAGCAAUGGGGGCAAGAAGAACCACUCACAACAAGGAUACGAAAUAUUUUAGAUGAUUACACAGAUGGUCUGUCUGUAUAUAAAGAAAUGCUACAAAAUGCUGAUGAUGCUGGAGCAAGCUGUAUGAAAAUACUUUACGAUGAGAGAAAAAAUGAGCAAGCAAGAACGGGUUUGAUUGAUAAAGGUAUGGAAGAGUGCCAAGGACCUGCUCUCUGGUUUUACAAUGAUGCCAAAUUUGAAGACAAAGAUUUUCAGAAUAUCAUCAAACUUGGAGGUGGAACUAAAAAAUCAGAAGAGACAAAAAUUGGUAAAUUUGGAUUAGGAUUCUGUUCCGUUUACAAUGUGACGGAUGUUCCCAGUAUUGUCAGUGGAAAAUACCUUGUUUUCUUUGACCCACGAACAAUACAUCUUGGGAAAGCUAUCAAGGACAAAUCAAAGCCAGGCCUUUGCAUUCCGAUAUCAAAGGUGGUGAAUAAGUUCCGAAAGCAGUUCAUGCCUUACAAUAAGAUUUUCCAAUGUGAUCUUUCACCAGAAAGUCGUGGGGAAGAGUUUGAUGGUACUCUCUUUAGACUUCCUUUACGCACUGCUAAACAAGCUGUAGACGACCCAAAUGGCAUCUCAACAACGGAGUACAAACGGGGAGAGGUAGUGUCUAUCAUAAAGAAAUUUAUGGAAUCAGCCGGCAAUCUAUUGCUGUUUACCCAAAAUGUGGGAAGAAUAGAGCUACACUAUCUGCAAAGUGAUGAUCCAGAAAAAUGUGAACUGUUGUACUCGGUUGAAAGGAAAAUUGGACAUGGACAAGGCAUGAAGAUUCUUGAAGAGGCCAAACAAAGGAUAGGUGAAGAUAUUAUUCAGACACUACAAUUUGACAUCGCAGUAGAAGUGAAUACCACUGUCAUCAAAAGCCUACUAGUAAAAGAUUAUGAAAAUAUGACUGGAUCAACUUCCAACUGGAUUGUGUCCUGGGCUGUUUCAGACACGGAGCUAGAUAUUCCAGGAUGUCUUCCUGUAGCCAGUACAGCAAUUCCUCUCUCUUUUUCACUCAAUGGCAGUGGACAAGUACCCUAUGGAUUUUACAACACUGGACAUGUAUUCUGUUUCCUUCCCCUUCCACAAAAAAGUCAAACAUCAGUGCAUCUCAAUGGAUGUUUUGCUGUAGAACAUAGCAGAAAGAGAAUUGUCUCUCCAUCUCCAGACAACGUGUCAGAAGAACGUGCAGACUGGAAUCAUUCUCUGAUGUCACACGCACUUAGCAUGGCUUAUAUAAAUAUGCUGGAAAAUAUCAAAGAAUGUGCUCAGUUAGAAAACUGUCUGUACUCCACAGCAUGGCCGGUGUCCCAUGAAGGAAAUGCUUUCAACCCACUUGUUGAUUUGCAAAAUGAUUCCAUGGUUGGUAAAACUGCUUUCCAGUGCUUGCAGCAGUUCAAUCCUUUCCAGAGGCAAGUGAUGUAUAUGGAUUGUACAAUACAAAAGGAGUUCGAGAAUGCCAACUGUGAAAAUUCCUUACAGGCACAAAUAUGUCUCGAGAAAAGCUUUCAUACACAGGUAUUCCUUGUAAAUCUUCAAAAUGAGUUUUGGAAUUCUGAGAUCAGAAAAGAAGAUCGUAGAAAUCUUCUGAAGCGCAUCCUGAGCAACAAAAAUCUUUUAGGGGUUCGAGAAAAAAUGAAAGAUAUUGAAUGUAUUCCAACAAAGCCAGACGGAUUACUACGAAGACCAUCAGAUUUAAUCAAUCCAUACUCUAAAAUCAUUAGCAACAUGUUCUGCGACUCUGACAAUAGAUUUCCUGAUGAUGAAUUCAUUUCACCAGAUGUCAAAGAAUCUCUAAUGUCUCUUGGGAUGAAUACAGAUCAUUUGUCUGAUACAUUAUUGCUUGAAAGACUACGAAGUGUAAAUGUUUGUGCUCAGAUUGAUUGUGAUUUGGCAAAGAACAGAUUUAGAGCUUUGAUGAGAUAUAUGACACAUUGCAGUUUAAGCCCGGAAGUGUUGAAAGAAAUCCAGGGGAUUCCAUUUCUUCCCGUGAUGGUAAAACCAAAGAACUGGCCAUGCAAAUGGUUUUCAACCAGUGAGUUCCAUUUUACAGCUCCUAAUGACUUGUUCAGGAUGGAUUGCAAGUUCCUGAUAGGAAGUGUUCAGAAAAUUCUUGAUGAAACCAUUGUAAUUGAAUCAGAAGAUGUAUUCCUGACAAAACUUUCCAUUAAGAGCGUGACUGAUGUGAAGAAUAAUCUUGUUAUUGGCCAGCUUCAAGCUAUUUCAGAAUUACAAAAUAGGGUCACCACUUCUAUUGAAGAAUCUACCAAUAUGGAAAGGAUAUGUGAUGCAGUAUAUAAGUAUUUAAACAGUACACCAAAAGAUGAUUUGAAGCAGUUUCAGGAUUUAUUUUGUAUUUGGUUAGCUACAUCCAACAAGCUAGUGAAACCUUGUCGCUCAUCACUAUGCAGUUCAGAUGAUGCCCCACCCUACAUUUACAAAGUUGAUCUCAAGUGGUCCAGUUACGAUAUCUUCCUGCUGAAUGUGGGUGUUCAUCACCAUGUAGAACCAGAGUUAAUAUUGGAAAUUUUGAAGGUCAUUGAGAUGAAAGAGGGGGGAAUGGUGGACAAUUUGGAUGCUGUUGUCAGACUGUACAAUUUGCUGUCUCGCAGCAAGUAUGUGAAAGGUUUUCCUCAGCUUCUACCAGACGUAGGUGGUAUAAUGAGAAAGCCCAGUGAUAUGUGUUUUGAGGAUGGAAAUGAAAAGAUUAUAGAUGCCGAUAAACUGGUUUUCACUCAUGCAGAUCUAACAGUCAAAACAUGCAAGAAAUUCAAAGUGCAAUCCAAAAGUGCAAAGUUUAUCCGAAGAUUCUCAACAGGCAUUCCCUUUGGACAAAAAGAAAAACUUGUCACAAGACUUAGAAAUAUUUUGGAGGACUACCCAUGUGAUAUUUCAAUACUGAAUGAACUAGUCCAGAAUGCUGAUGACGCAAAAGCAACAGAAAUACAUUUUGUGUACGACCGACAAUCUCACUCUACAAAGGGACUUUUUGACGAAUCCAUGAAGGAUAUUCAGGGACCGGCACUUGUUGUAUUUAAUGACACAUGUUUCUCCGAGAAAGAUAUUGAAGGAAUAUCAAAUUUAGGGGAGGGCAGUAAAUCCACUGAUCCAAACCAAACGGGUCAGUUUGGCAUCGGGUUUAAUGCUGUUUACCACAUUACCGAUGCUCCAUCUUUCUUGACCAAAGGAGAGCAAACUCCAAAUGGUGGAACCUUGAUCAUGUUUGACCCACAUUGCAGAUACAUACCUGAUGCAACACAAGAGAGUCCAGGAAUGAAAGUUGAUAAUCUUGAUUGUGUCAAAGAGAAAUACACAGGUACUUACAACACGUAUCUCCAGGAAAAUCUCCCAGCUUCUACAGGAACCUGGUUCCGUUUUCCUCUCCGAACGAAAGAAAUGGCAGAAAAAUCAGAAAUUAUAAAAAAUGGGGAGAUUGAUGAAAUGAUCAUGGAAACCAUUUUAAUGAAAUUUCAACAGGAAAUGUCCAAUUCUCUGUUAUUCUUGAAUAAUGUACAAUGCAUAAAAUUGUCAGAAAUUAACGAAGAAGGAAAAAUGUCAACUAGGUGUGAAGUAAAUGCUAAAUUUCUUCAAGACACAGAAUUAAAGGACAUGAAAUUGUUUCAGUCAAAGUGUGAUCGAGAGUUGCUAUCAUUGAAGAAAGGAGAGAUUGUUCUUGGAGAGCAUCCUGGAUUUAAUUGUAAUUAUCGCAUUACAUUGAACGGGAAAGUUCGUGAACAGCAGUGGCAUGAAAUCUGGGCGAUUUCAAGAGUAUUCGGGACAAUGACAGCAGUGGCAGUACCAGAUUUGUUGAGGAGUGGUUACAGGACGAAGAGAGUGAACCUUUCACCAAGGGCUGGCAUUGCAGCUUGUCUAGAAACAAAUUUUCCUUUUGCAGAGCAAGACGAUAAUUUUGUUGACUCUACCACCAGUUCGCCGUUAAUUUCUAUUGACGAUUGUCAUUUUAUGGAGCAAGACAGUAAUUCUGUUGACUCUCACAUCAGUUCACCGUUAACUUCUAAGACAUCCAGGGCAUUUUGCUUUUUGCCAUUACCUGGACCAACUGGGCUCCCAGUUCAUAUAAACGGUCACUUCGCUCUGAAUGCGAGCCGAACACAUAUCUGGAGAGAUGACCAAGAAGAACACACUUUAAAGGGUUCAUGGAAUGAAUUGAUAUUGAGUGACGUUUUACCAUUUGCAUACAUAACUUCCAUGCAGUUCCACAGGCAGAUUUUGUUUACAGAUUCUGAGUGUAUUCAUGCUGAAAGUAUUGAGAAAUACAACAGAUAUUUCCCAAUCAUUGACCAGAUAAAAGAUGAUAUAUGGAAAACAGUUGUAGAGGUAUUUUACAACAGAGUUCUGUCUCAUGAAAUUGCUUUGUUUCCAGUAUUGCUUGAUGAAGAAACGAUCAUAUCAAUGAGGAAAACGGACUUCAUUCUUGCAAAAGUGGUUAUGAUCCAAGACGAGGAAAAUUCGGUUGUUGCCUUUGUACCUCUGAAGAGCAAGGAGCAGGAAUUCCCUGCAUACUUUAACGAAAUAGAAAUGACCUUGGAAAUGAAUCGCAAGAUGUCAGAAAAAGAAAGAUUCUCCAAGACCAAUGAGACAAUUGAUGCUUCUAUGAUAGAAAUAAUUCAAAGAAAAAACCAGCAAGAAGCUGCAGAAAUCACAAAACUUCUUAAGAUGCUCGGUCUUAAACUUGUGGAUUCAACAUCUGAAAUAAUGAAGAGUAUUCAAAUGUCUUUAAACGGUGAAUUUAUUCCAAAAGCUGUAGAUAUUGAUGGUGUGAUGCAGUUUUUACGAUCAUGGAACACAACACAUGUCGACAAGUGCAGAAUUGAAUCUGUAGAUGUAGAAAUUGGAACAUCACUGUUGAUUGAUGUCACAAAGGUGAUGUCAUUGUUGUCUUAUUGCUUUCAAAAUGGUGGACACAUCAACCAACUUGAAGGAAUUCCAUUAUGUGUCUUGGAAAAUGAGAAAUUGACAUGUUUUUCUAAAUUCUGUCCAAAAAUAGUGUCCGAAUUUUGUCAUCUGAUGAAAAAAUCGGGUGACUAUUUUCUGCAUAAAAACUUGGUUCCAAUUUUUGAAAAAAGAGUUCAAACUAGCUCCUGUGUUACAAAAUUCACUGUAGAACAGUUUGCAAAGUUAUUGGAAGAGAAUAUUUCGAUCCUCUACAGGAGUAACAACCCUGUGAAGUGGGAUAACUCUGACAUAGAAGACAAAUGGAUUCAGGAAGUGUGGCAGUUUCUUUCAUCAACAAACAAAACAGCACAGGAGUGCACCCAAAAUCUCUCAGAUUGGUGUCUUGUUCCUGUUCAAACCAGGUCAGGGCAAGCUUAUCUCUAUCCCUUGUGCUUAGCCUAUGCUGUUCUCAGUACUGCUUUUAAAUGGGAAGAUAGAACAAUGUCAUACAUAGUAUUUGGAAUGCAGUUUCCAAGAUUAAUGACCUUUGAUUCUUUUAGAAGCAAGAAUCUUCUGAAUUAUUUGUGUGCCUCAGAAUCAACACCAUAUAACUUACUGAGGAUGUUUCAGUAUCACAAAGAGAUGUAUCGUGAAAGCAUAUCCACCAUGACUGCUGCUACAGUGUUGCACUUUUUGCUGGCCAAACUACACACUACUGCAAAAAGCAAAGAUACAAGGACUCUACAACUUUUUCGAGACACAUGCCUCUUUGAAACUCUAGAUGGCUUUGUCACAGAUUUGCCCGAGAAUAAGAAAAUAAUCUGCCUUAAAGACAAUGAAGCUAUACCAUUGGAAAGUCUUAAUUUAGUGUAUAAAUGUUUAGAUAUCACAAUACUCAAGAGGAAAGACUUGCUGGAAGAUUUUGUUGUCGAUUUCAUGACACAGGAAGACUUUUAUGUUGACAUUUUCUUAAAGCAGGCAGAUCAUUUGGAGAAUUUCAUCAUCAAGGUUCACAUGGAAUACAUCAGAGAUGCAGAGUUAUAUUUGUGUGAUCGCUCACGAGAGAUGAAGAAUUUAUUGUCAGAUAUAGAAUGGAUUGAAAAUGAAGAAACUGGAGAACUUCAAAGUGUUUGUGACUUUUACUCACCGUAUGUAAGGGUUUGUAAUCUUUUAUGUUCAAAAAAAGAUUUAUUGCCCUCAGAAUUCCAUAGUCGGGAAUGGAAGAGUUUCAUGGAAUUCUCUGGAAUCAAGACAGAGGUACCAUUUGAUCAGUUGCUUGAGUUUGGUGAGCAGAUUGAGAGGUCAAGUAAUGUAGACGGAUAUGUUGCAGAGAAAUCUCAAGUCCUUGUUGAUUACAUUUUACAACACAAGAAAAUGGGAGAUAUGGGAUUUCCUGACUUUAUGCGGAAGUUCAGAAAAAUUAAAUGUGUGGUUCCAUUUAUAGUGCUCCCAGAAUUUACGACCAUACUCCCUCAACAUGAACAUUGUGGACUUGUUUGUUUUGAAGGAUCAGUGGCGUCUCGAGGUUGGGAAAUAAUGUGGUCACGGUGCGACAUUGUUCCAGAGGAAACUAUUAAAAAUGUGGACAGCGAUAUCCUCGGGAUUAAGUCUGUACCAGAUGUCAGUGAUGUAAUAAAUCACAUUUACACUCUUUGUCGAGAAUUGAGAACAAGACAAUGCUCAGUGGAAUUUUCAAAGGUGUUGAUGGAGCAAAUUUAUAGUAAAUUAAAUGAAUUAUUGUCUACUUCAUGUAAUAGUAGACUCGUUUCUGAAGAGCUAAAAAGAGGACUGACAGAGACACCUUUCAUUUAUGAUAAAGCUACAGACAAAUUCCUUCAUCCAUAUGAAGUUGUACUACGUCUCGAUACGGGAAAAUGUAUAGACAGUUACCUCUACAGAGGACCGGAAGAAUGGGGCAGUUUUUACGAAAUGUUCAGACAGAUAGGUGUGGAGGAUCAGCCAGGAUUUUAUCACUACUUACGGUUAUUUCACUCAAUGCAUAGUAAAACAUCUUCAAAUACUAUGACUCCGUAUGAAUUGGAUAUUGCCAGAAAUGCCUUUAAGGGGCUAGUGGCGUCUCUUCAGUUUGAAAGUCAGGCAGACCUUCAGCUUCCACAGAUAGUUGAUUUAUAUCUGCCUUCAGAAAGCAAUAAACUAAUAUUGUCAACUGAACUUGUUUUGUGCAAUCGAAAAUCUUUAAAACGAAGAAUACCAGCGGAAUUUCCAAUAGAGUAUGUGAAGACAGACUCAAAAGAGACCAUAGAAUUGUUAAAGAAACUAGAUCACCAAUUCCGACCAAAAUUGAUGUCACAGCUUUUUCGCGAGGAGUUCCUUAUAGGGCCUGAAUGUCGUGACGAUAAUGGAAUGGUGUAUAACCCGAGAAGGGUGUUUCAGUCGGAGACGUUUUUGAAUGGAAUUCUUGGUUACAUUCAGAAGAAGAAGUCUUCAAGUGUCAACGAACCACAGAGGUCAAGAAUUAAGCAUGCGUUUCAAACUGCAAGGUUCAAAACAGUUUCUACACUUCAAACAGUUUUGAAUUACAAUGGAGCUCGGGUUGAUUCAACCUUUGAAGACAAGUUUAUAUGCUAUUCAAAAUCUGAAGGUAAAAUGAUGAUUUAUUUGAGAAAUGAUCCAUCUCUGACUUCAUUUGAAAAGUGUUUCAAGGUAUGGAAAAAUAAGUUGUGUCAAGUUGUGUGUCUAUGCACUGAGAGGUUGCUGUCAAGAGAGGAGGAUGAAUUGAUUCAGGGACUUCUUCAAACCGAGUCUGAUAUUGACAUUUUGAAUAUUCUUGCAAAACAUGAAGUCAAGUUACUAUCAAAAAGUUGGUUACCACAACUUGGCUCACACAUUCCCCUGGACCAGCAUGAUUUGCUUGACAAUGGAUUUUGUGACCUUUUGAAAGAAGAUAUUGUCGCAUAUGAAAUGUUUGAUCCAGUAUCAGACCACAACAGUGAUGACAAUAUAAGGGUGCUGGACUCUGAGUUUAUUUAUGCACGUGUGAUGAAGAAAGAAAAUGACUCAUCGGAGGAGUUCCCCAGGUAUACAGUGUUUGAUGGCAGCCAGGAUAUAUCAGUACGUUCAAUUAAACUUUAUAGGAUUAUUCGCAAGACUGAAGAACAGUCAGCAGACCUGGCACAUUCUAGUACUCAGCAGAUUCGAAAUGAGGGUACGGACAAAGACAGAAUUUUUGCAGAUAUCAGAAGAAUGUUAAUCGCUGCAUGGAAAUUACCAGGGUCGGACAGAAGGAAAGUCAUCAAACGAUUACUUUUGCAAUGGCAUCCAGAAAAAAAUCCAGAAAAUCCUAAUGUGGCAAAGGAUGUAACUCAGUUUAUCCUGGAUAUAAUUGGAAAAUUGGAACGAGGAGAGAUUGGAAUAGAAAAUUACUCAUCAGGAUACAGUACUGGACAUGUAUCUUCUGAUCACUGUGGUGCGUCAUCAAAUGAGUGGUACACUUUCCAAGAAACAGUUAACAAAUGCAUCAGCCAGCGACAGCGGAAUAGAAGAAAGUAUGAUUACACAUACUCUAGAGGUAGUGGAUACAGUAAUUUUGGUUCUCAUGGAUAUGAGUACAGGCCGCCAAAUCCACAACCAGCUGUUGCUCUGCAGUGGUUGAGGCAGUCUAAGUACGACUGUAUUGCAGCACGUCAACAACUGCAGACCUGUAUAGCGUCACCAAACAGUGGGGAUGCAGUGAAAACAUGGAACUGGAUAUGCUACAAAUCUCAUCAGUCGUGUGAGAAAACACUUAAAGCUAUGUUGUAUGGUGAGGAUGCCAAUAUUGCCUCCAGACAACAGACCACCCAUGAUUUGUCGACCUUGUCAUCGGCUUCAUCCUCAUCAGGAUCCGUUCAACCUUUUGUGAAACAGUUUUCUAACAGCGUCACUAAUCUUCACACAACAAUGAGAUACCCCAACGGUGGACAGAUACCCGGGGACCAGUUUACCCGUCAUCAGGCGGAGGCAGCUGUAGAAAUUGCAGCGAGAGUGAUUGAGGAAUGUGAAAACUGUUUGGGAUGAUGACCUUUUUAAUUAUAAGUGUCAUUAUACUUGUUGGAUAUGGAUGGUGGACCUAUGAUCAUAGUGUUCACAACCAAUGGGAAAACCUAAUUUUUUGUACUAUAAACACUAUUGCUAUUUUAACUUUCGUUGCAAUAGAUAGUUAUGAGAUUGAUCACUGUUCGUUAUCUUCACCUUGCAUACAUGUACCAACAACUGAAAUAGAUUGUGUAAGGGGACAGUACUAUUAUAUAACGUUACUGAAUCUAUGUCUUGGGUCUUUUGAUAUAAUGUGAUUAAGGCUUGAUACACUAACCUAAGAUAUUUAUUGGCAGUAACACUAUGUCGAACAUGUUUUUCUCUCUGCGGAAAAAUAACACAAUCAUUAUAAAUGUAAAAUAUGUGCUUGUUUUAGAGGAAAAAGUUUCUCUUAACUUAAAUUAUCUUGUAUCAAAACUCAUUAAACACAUCUUGACUAAUAUAAUCAGUAUUUGUGGAGCGAUUUUUGAUAAUCAAUUGUAAAACAGUAAGUUGUAAUGUUUUACAUAAUAUUAUUUAGAUUAACACAGGAAGUGGUGUGAUGUGUUCACCUAUGUUCUAAAUUUAGCAUAUAACAGUGUUUGUACAUCCUUCUAACAUCUGUAGGUAUAAUGAGGUUUAGUGUAGUUACUUUUCAUCUUUUGAUGCAGAUGUUGUUAUGUACUUUGAUAUAAAUUUUGAACUGUGUUUAGGAAUCUGUAUAUUUUUACAUAUAGUAUUAUUCUGGGAUACAUGAUAAUAAUCAUAAUGAAUAAAUAAAAUAAUAAAUAAAAUCAUAAUAAUAAUAAAUAAAAUAAUAAUUAUAGAUAAAAUUUAUAUAGCUCCUACAUGUAGAGUUUGUCACUAUCUGUGUUUUAGCUCACCUGGACUUUUGGCUUGUGAAAGGGUUUUUUCUGAUCUAGUCUGAAGUCUGUUAUGUAUAAACUCUGGUUAUUUACGUUUAUUGAAAUGGAUAACCAU